UUGCAGCAAAACAAGUUUCUAAUGGUGCAUAUAAAACUCUUAUUGAAAGGUUACCAACCUUGGAACAAAUUGAACAAUUAGGAAAUUCAAUACAAGUACAAAAUAAGUUUAUUACUGAUCACCAAAAAGUUGCUAAAGAAUUGGAACCUUUGGUUCAAUUAACUGAUUUUAGGCGAAUUAAUGGUCGAAUAUUAGUUAAUAUCAUUGAACCGUUAGGAAUUGCUCCGAAUGAAAUAAUUUUGGAUGUUUAUCGAUAUAAUACAUUGUCAAAUAAUUCAAUUUUAAAUAGUACUAGAGGAAUACCAAAAAUGAUAUAUGUCUGGGAUGAAUCAUCAUGUGGAUCAAAACUUAUUAUUGAGGAUAAUGGAAAAGUUGUACAUGCACCAAGUAAUCUUAAUUCACUCCAAAGUGUAAGAGCUAAAAUGGUAUUAGAAAAUAAAGGUAUUUUUGAAUGGGAUGUUAUUAUUGAGAAAGAUUGUAGUUCUGCUUGGGUUGGAGUAUGCUCGUCAGAAAAUUUUAAUUAUGAAACCUUUGCAGGUUAUCAAUUAACUGGAUGGGUAUUUGGUUCUAGUAGUGGUUAUUGUUAUAAUUCUGGAGAUUGUAUAAACAAUUAUUGUCCAUCAUUUGGUGAUGGCACAAAAGUUACUGUCCAUUUAGAUAUGAAUAAAAGAACAUGUUCUUUCACAGUCAAUGGUACAAAAUAUCCAAAAGUGUCAUCAUGGAAUAAUUUACCAUCUAAGCUUUAUCCGGUAGUAUCAUUACGUUAUCCUGGUCGAAUUCGAAUUCAGGCUCACCAAA